CUCACUGCUUAAUCCCGGCUACCGAGUUCUUUUUUAAACAAAGAUCCCCGAUCUCCUGCUUAGAGUUAGUUUCUCGUAUUUAUGGGGCUACUUGACCAGUUGUGGGACGACACCGUUGCGGGUCCUCGACCCGAUAAUGGUCUCGGCAAGCUCCGAAAGCACUCCACUUUCACUUUCCGCUCUAACUCCUCCAAGGAAUCUGAUGGCGGGAGUGUGAGAUCGUACAAUGAUGAGACGCCGGAGGAAACAACGAAAGUGACACGUACGAUUAUGAUCGUAAAAUCGCCGCGUUACCAGAGCGGAUCGCCUCCGGUUUCGCCGGCCGAAUCGACUCCUCCGGUAUCUCCUUUUUCUGGAGGAAGCAGAGAGUCGUAUCGGUUUCGGAGAAGGUCAACGUCAGAUGCAUACGAGAAGGGGAAGGAGGGUGGAGGUAGCAGCCUUGCUCCUCCUUACGACGUGUGAGAUGUGAACCUCUCCUCUCCUCUCUGCUGAUCCCCCUAUUCGCCGACAAAUCAAUAUUAAUCUGCAUAGUUUCUACGUUUAUACAGCUGAACUUUAUAAUGUUGUUAAUUAGAGUUUGCCCACUUUGUCUUUUUGCAUGCAUGUAUGUCUGUAUGUGUACUUGUUUUGGCAAUGUAACUACUUCUAUCAUCAUGGGAUAUUAUUAUAUAUAAUGUGCAGACGGCGUUGAAAAGCUGCAAACCAUUUAUGUAGAGAGGGUAUAACUAUAAUGUCCCAACAUGGUUUGCUACACUUUGUAUAAGUUCUAUUUUAUCUUUUUUUUUAAAGGAAACAUAGUGGUAGCAUUUCUACCUAUUUUACUUAAAA